AUGGAUAAAAAUACACGCAUAGUGAUCGUUGGUGGAGGAUUAGCGGGAUUUGCAGUGGGAAUAGCAUUAUUGCAGAAGGGAUAUGUUAAUGUGACUGUACAUGAAAGGGAUAGCACAAUGGACUGCAGAAGGCAGGGCUAUGGGCUAACAAUACUGCAGGGUGUAUCUGCACUGAAAUGGCUGGGUGUUUUUGAUACAGUGAAAUAUUUAGAUACGCCAUCUAGGUCUCAUUUUAUUUUCCAUAGCAAUGGAUCUAUCAUUGGGUUCUUUGGAACACUGUUUUGGCCUACCCCUGAAUCGAAUCACGUGACUAACAAAAAAUACAAUCUCCACAUUGGAAGACAGCAGCUGCGGGCUAUUCUUAUGGACCAAUAUAUUAAGCUGCAUCCACUAUCAAAUGAGGGAAUUCAUUGGAAUAGUAGAUUGACGAAUAUAGUUGAUGGGCACUGUGCAGUAUUUCAGGAUGGACAUAAGGUGGAUGCUGGUUUAAUUAUUGGAUGUGACGGCAUAAACAGUGCAGUGCGUAAGUUCAAGUAUCCAAACGACAGCAGCAAAUUGGGGUACCUUGGUAUAAUGGUAGUAUUGGGAAUUACUGGGUGCGAACACAUGCUGGGUAAAGAGCGAGUGUUCCAGACUGUAGAUGGAUGCACUAGACUGUUUGUAAUGCCGUAUUCCAAAGACAGCCCUUCGGAAAGUGUGAUGUGGCAACUAUCAUUUCCAAUUGCGGAAGAAGAGGCAUUUAAGCUUAAUCAGAGCAUGUUGCUGCUAAAACAACACGUGCAAGAAAGAUGCUGCAAAUGGCACACUCCGAUUCCACAGAUGAUUGAUUCUACAUCCGUUAAUUUAUUGAUGGGAAUACCUGCGUAUGAUCGCGAUCCAACGCAGCCACCAGACGAACAUUCAUGCCAGUCAAUUGCCCUGUUAGGGGAUGCGGCACACCCCAUGUCUCCGUUCAAGGGACAGGGUGCAAACCAAGCAUUACUGGAUGCGGUUCUUCUGGCCGAAUCUCUCUCCAAACAGCCGAACCUAACUGAUUCAAUUUCUUAUUACGACCGUGCAAUGAUUAGUAGAGUCCAUCCUAAAGUGAUGCAAUCACGCGAGAGAGUGCAAACAUUGCAUCAGCCCAAUGUGCUCAGUACUACCAACUUUGAGUGUCGCGGUGUUGAUGAGAAGUUAUUGGAAAUUCUCAACUUAAAAGGAAUAAAUGCGCUUUAUUCAAAUGACAAAGUGACCAUAGAAGAGGCUAUAAAGACAGAAAUGCUGCUGCUGCAAAAGAACAAUACCACUACACCUGCAUUAGUUAACUAG